AGGACACCAAAUCAUGCAAAUGCAAAGCACCAAACUUGCAAAAGUGCAAGAAGAACUGAAUCUUGCGAUCGUUUAGACGCGUACUGUAGCUACAUGUAGUUUUGGUAAGCGGUAAAGGACCUGGGGAGUGAGUUUAGUUGUUGGUUGCGAUAGCCCGCAGGAUAGCAGCUUGAAAUCCGCACCAUGGCGGAAAUAUUGCUCGACCCCGACAUUCGCAUCUGGGUGAUUUUACCCAUUGUGCUGAUAACGUUCUUCGUUGGACUAAUUCGCCAUCACGUCGUACUGCUGCUACAGUCGGAGAAAAAGACAGACCGAGAGCAGGUCACAGACAGUCAAAUCUUGAUCAAAAGUCGUCUAUUGCGUGAGAAUGGUUCACAUAUCCCCCAGGAGGGGUUCCUGGCACGCAAGCACUACCUGAAUAACUCACAGACUGGAUUCUUCAAAACAACCAAGCGGAAGCCACGCAUGCAGAACCCCAUGGGAGACCCGACUAUGAUGAUGGAUAUGAUGAAGGGAAACCUAACCAAUAUCUUGCCCAUGAUUGUGAUCGGUAGCUGGAUUAACUGGACAUUCUCCGGGUUUGUCACCACCAAGGUACCGUUUCCACUGACACUGCGUUUCAAGCCAAUGCUGCAGCGUGGUGUAGAGCUCACCACAUUGGACGCGUCCUGGGUCAGCUCGAUGUCGUGGUACUUUCUCAACGUGUUUGGUCUGCGUAGCAUGUAUGCACUAGUGCUUGGUGCUGAUAACUCUGCUGACCAAAGUCGAGCAAUGAUGCAAGAUCCAAUGAUGACUGGCUCUAUGGGUAUGGCCCCAGACUCGACCAAAGCGUUCAAGAGUGAAUGGGAAGCUCUGCAGAUUGUCAAUCAUCAAUGGGCGUUGGAGAAUGCGGAGGAGUCGCUGCUCGCUAUGCCCGCACGCCUGCCCUCCCCGUCCACCGUCAAGGACAAGAAUGUCUAGACGAGCGUUGGCCAAAGUGGUGCUGUUUUUGGCGUGCCGUGCUUUGUAGCUGUCUCCUUUGCGCCAAGGUGUGUGCGUGUGUGUUUGUGUACGUUUGACUGCAUCAUGCCGACACAUGGACGUGUACAGCCUGCACUAGGUAUCCGUGUACGUGUACGUGUGUGUGUGUGUGCAAGUGGUGCUGUAUGCCCUGUAACACACGGCUGGUGUGACUUGAGGGUAUGUUUGCCUACAUCUGUGCCUCGGCGCACUGUCCAUUCUUGAUCCUGAUCAUACUGCGAUACGCUGUGAUACGCACCACUGUGUAGUGCGAAGUUCUGCAAACCACCACACUGCCCUGAGUGGCACAGCCUGCUGGGGAUGCUACAUCUCCAUGCUGCACACAGACCGGCUAUCUUUGUGCACUCUGACCAGCUAUCUAUGUGCCCGCAGUCCAUAGCAGGUCUCUAGUGCAACCAGUGUAACCCUGUGCAAUCAGCAUAGGCAGCCCCUGCUCUCACACAUGAACCAGUUCCCCGUACACAACACCACCAUGACAAGGAAAUGCCCAUCACCUUUGCAUGUUUAGGGUGUUUAAUUUUCCGAUUUUCGUAGGCUGACAAAUUGUUUCCAUAUUUUUACCGUACUAAAGUGAUCAUUCUGUUUAUGAUGUUUUUUUGGUCCAUGAAAUGAUAGGGCCCACGAGCCAAUCUCCUGU